AUGCUAGGUAAAGUGGAGAGUACUUUAGUACUCAUAGCAACUGGAGAGUUUUUAGUGGGGAUCUUAGGAAAUGCAUUUAUUGGAUUUGUAAACUGCAUGGACUGGCUCAAGAAUAGGAAGAUUGCCUCCAUCGAUUUAAUCCUCACGAGCCUGGCCGUAUCCAGAAUUUGUCUACUGGUUAUAAUACUGUUAGAUUGUUUUAUAUUGGUGCUGUAUCCAGAUGUCUAUAUCACUGGUAAACAAAUGAGAAUCAUUGACUUCUUCUGGACACUAACCAACCAUUUAAGUGUCUGGUUUGCAACCUGCCUCAGUAUCUUCUAUUUCCUCAAGAUAGCUAAUUUUUUCCACCCCCUCUUCCUCUGGAUGAAGUGGAGAAUUGACAGAGUGAUUCUCAGGAUUCUGCUGGGGUGCUUUGCCCUCUCUGUGUUUAUUAGCCUUCCAGUCACUAAGAAUUUGAAUGAUGAUUUCAGGUCUUGUGUCAAGGUGAAGUGGAAAACAAACUUAAGUUUGAGAUGCAGAGUAAAUAAAGCUGAAUAUGCGUCCAACAAGAUAGUGCUCAACUCGUUAACACUGUUCCCCUUUUCUGUGUCCCUGAUCUCCUUUCUCCUCCUGAUCCUCUCCCUGUGGAGACACAUGAGGCAAAUGCGGCUCAAUGCCACGGGGUACAGAGACCCCAGCACAGAGGCCCAUGCAGGAGCCCUGAAAGCAGUCAUCUCCUUCCUCCUCCUCUUUGUUGCCUACUGCUUGUCCUUUCUCAUAGCCACCUCCAGCUACUUUAUGCCAGAGACUGAAUUAGCUGUGAUUCUGGGUGAGUCGAUCGCUCUAAUCUAUCCCUCAAGCCAUUCAUUCAUCCUGAUACUGGGGAACAAUAAAUUAAGACAAGCAUCUCUCAGGGUGCUUUGGAAAGCAAAGUAUAUCCUAAACAGAAGAAAAUUCUAA